AUGUGCAACGCACCAACCCCCUGGCCCGAGCUGCUUCCCACCGUCAUGCUCGGCCUCCGUACCUGCAUCAAGGAGGACCUGAACGCAUCUCCAGCUCAACUCCUUUACGGUACUGAGCUCAGGAUUCCUGGAGAAUUUUUCGUCUCAGAAGAGCUCCCAGCGGACCCAAACUUUUUCCUGGAGAAGUUCAGAGAACACAUCAGGAAAGUUCGUCCAUCAUCCACCGCUCAUCACAUCAAAAGCGGCUGUUUUCUCCAGAAAAACCUCUACACUUCCACCCACGUCUUUGUGAGGAUUGACGCAAUCAGAAAACCGCUCGAGCCGCCUUAUUCUGGCCCCCACCGAGUCGUCAAAAGGAUCGAUGACCGCAAAUUCGUCAUUGACCUAAACGGCACUGAAAAAAGCAUCUCGGUAGACCGACUCAAACCAGCAUAUCUUUCCAAGGAGUCAGCUUCACCCCCAGCAUCUCCAGAGGAGCCCAGACCACCUGCAGCACCUGAGAAACGCAGCCGACCAGCUUCACCACCACCAGUGCCUGAUUCAUGCCCAUCAAACACGAUGGAUAGGCCCUUGAGUACGUACCCUGCAAGGAAGAGAGUUUCGUUCCCUUCAUUUGUACCAGACCAGGUCACUGGUGUUGUGUGUGGAUUUUCAAGUCUAGUAAAUUCCAGAGGGCUCGUGGGUAAGUUGCCCGUGGAGUGCUAA